AUGGAGUUGCCAGAGAUCCCUACUAGGGUUGAGCCUGUCAGUCAAGGACCGACUCAAGAUACUGCGGGUGCGUCGGGCUCUCAGACUCCUAUGGCUUCGUUAGAAGUACCCACCCAUACAUUAUACACUGUACCACCCGUGGCAAACCCAAUACCUCCACUAGCAGAGGCUGCGGAGUACCCGGCACCACCGCCACUUGGACCUACCGUGUACCCGGAACCAGCAGCACCUGCGCCCCCAGUGCCUAUAGUGUACCCAGCACCCGCACCAGCGGUAUCGGUUGCUCAAUUUCUGGUACCACCACCUACCGUACCUCCAGCCGCGACCACUCAUAUCGACCCUGCAGUACCACUAGUGGUACAUACUCCAGCUUAUGGAGCAACACCGGGAGUACCUCCCCCGGUCUAUCUAGUGGUACUACCUGUACCACCAGCUCUAGGGAUUUCGCCAGUUCCCGUGACGAUCCCUACCCACCUCACUGAUAUUGUCGCGACACAAGCCCGGAUUUCAGCAUUGGCAGAGUUGAUUCACAAUAUUCUACGGGGAGACUGA